GGGUGCCGGCGGGUGCCGGCAGGGGGCGCUGGAGCGCACAGCCGCAGUCGCGGGCGGUCCCGCGGGCCCCGCCGCCGCCGCCGCCGGGCCGGGCCGCGCCAGGAGCGGCGACACCGGGCGAUGAGAUGACAACGUCCACCCUGCAGAAAGCCAUCGACCUGGUCACCAAAGCCACCGAGGAGGACAAGGCCAAGAACUACGAGGAGGCGCUGCGGCUGUACCAACACGCCGUGGAGUACUUCCUGCACGCCAUCAAAUAUGAGGCUCACAGCGACAAGGCGAAGGAGAGCAUCCGAGCCAAGUGCGUGCAGUACCUGGACCGGGCGGAGAAGCUGAAGGAGUACCUGCGCAGCAAGGACAAGCAGGGCAAGAAGCCGGUCAAAGAGUCCCAGAAUGACAACAAGGGGAGCGACAGUGACAGCGAGGGCGAGAACCCCGAGAAGAAGAAGCUGCAGGAGCAGCUGAUGGGUGCCAUCAUGAUGGAGAAGCCCAAUGUGCGGUGGAGUGACGUGGCCGGCCUGGAGGGAGCCAAGGAAGCCCUGAAGGAAGCCGUGAUCCUGCCCAUCAAGUUCCCGCACUUGUUUACCGGGAAGCGCACGCCCUGGCGAGGGAUCCUGCUCUUCGGGCCCCCUGGCACCGGCAAGUCCUACUUGGCCAAGGCUGUGGCCACCGAGGCCAACAACUCCACCUUCUUCUCCGUGUCCUCCUCGGACCUGAUGUCGAAGUGGCUGGGAGAGAGUGAGAAGCUGGUGAAGAACCUCUUUGAGCUGGCGAGGCAGCACAAGCCCUCCAUCAUCUUCAUCGAUGAGGUGGACUCGCUGUGUGGCUCCCGCAACGAGAACGAGAGCGAGGCGGCCCGGCGCAUCAAGACGGAGUUCCUGGUGCAGAUGCAGGGUGUGGGGAACAGCAGCGAUGGGAUCCUGGUGCUGGGUGCCACCAACAUCCCCUGGGUGCUGGACUCGGCCAUCAGGAGAAGGUUCGAGAAGCGCAUCUACAUCCCGCUGCCCGAGGAGGCAGCCCGGGCCCAGAUGUUCAAGCUGCACCUUGGCAACACCCCGCACUGCCUGACAGAGGCCAACAUCCAGGAGCUGGCCCGCAAGACCGACGGCUACUCGGGGGCUGACAUCAGCAUCAUUGUGCGGGACGCCCUGAUGCAACCUGUCCGCAAGGUGCAGUCGGCCACCCACUUCAAGAAGGUCCGCGGUCCCUCCCGCACCACCCCCGGCGCCUUCGUGGAUGACCUCUUGACACCGUGCUCGCCCGGCGACCCAGGCGCCACCGAGAUGACCUGGAUGGAGGUGCCCAGCGACAAGCUGAUGGAGCCCAUCGUCUGCAUGUCGGACAUGCUGCGCUCGCUGGCCACCACCCGCCCCACCGUGAACGCUGACGAUCUCCUCAAGGUGAAGAAAUUCACGGAGGAUUUUGGCCAGGAAGGUUAAAGGGGGGGGUGCGUGUGGGGGGGGAGGGUGUGGGGCUGGGGCAGCCAUGCCAGCCAGGCCCCCGCCGUGCCCCCUGCCAUGCCGGCCGUGCCAAACAGGUUCAUCUUCUGCUCACUACUCACCCCAUCGCACCGCAGCACCCGGCACGGCGUGGGCAGCAUGGCCCGGGGCGGGCUGACACUACCGGGGGGGGGCCCCGUGCAUGGCCUGGGCAGCCGGGUGCUCCCCCUGGCUGCGCCCCACUCUUCUUCCUGCUCUUUUUUUUUAUUUUUUAACUUAAUGCUGCUUUGGGUUCUGUCUUGUUUAUAUGAAAAUAAAAACAAUCGAAAAGCUUCA